UAUUGUUGUAGCCGUUCAGCUUCAGCGAGACUAGCAGAGAACACUGUCCAACAACAACAACAGCUAUUGACAAGAUGUUUACAAGACUUGGUUUGUUUUGCCUUUUGGUACUGGUUUUGGAUUCACUAGUCAAGAACUGUGAAGCGCGUUACCUCGAUGACCAAGAUCAUGGAGUGACCGACGAGGAUUUUCCUCAGCAACGACUCCAUGACUCUGAUCCUCAGCGACGUGUUCACGAUGCAUCAGAUCCUCAGCGACGUGUUCACGAUGCAUCAGAUCCUCAGCGACGUGUUCACGAUGCAUCAGUUCCUCAGCGACGUGUUAACGACGAGUCAGAUCCUCAACGACGUGUUAACGACGAAUCAGUUUCCCAGCGACGCCUUCAUGAUGCAUCAGAUUCCCAGCGACGURUUCAUGAUGCAUCAGAAUGAUAACGACUGAGUAAAGUCUUGGUACAUAACAGAGGGAUGUGAUUUUCUAAUUGAUAUGAUUUGUUAGUCAAUAAAGUAUUUAUCC